ACCCCCCCUCGGCCCCCCGUUGGCUCACCGUGACCAGCAUCAGCCGGAACAGCGCCGACAUGAAGUGGACGCAGCCGGAGCGCGACGGCGGCGCCCCCAUCACCAACUACGUGGUGGAGAAGCGUGACGCGCGGCGGAAGGGCUGGCAGGCGGUAGACACCACGGUGAAGGAGCUCAAGUACACGGUGACGCCGCUCAACGAGGGCUCGCUCUACGUGUUCCGCGUCGCCGCCGAGAACGCCGCCGGCCUCGGGCCCUUCUGCGAGCUGGAGGACACCGUGAUGGCCAGGGACACCUUCACGACUCCCGGGCCACCGUAUGCCCUCACCGUCAACGCCGUGACCAAGACGUACGUGGACCUGCAGUGGGAGGCGCCCAAAAACGACGGCGGGAAACCCAUCCUCAAGUAG